CCCUAUUCGACUCUAUUUCGCGAGAAAGAUCUCGGAGAUAGAUCAUCGUUUACCUCGUAUUUAUCACCCUCUUCCCUCAUAAACCUGCUGCGGGCCAUCUCUACUCUUCUCCAAGUGCGUUGUUGAACGUUGAAUCCGGGUGGUUGCUCGAGAUGCCAGAUCAGGAAGUUUACGCGAAUGCAUUCUUCCACCGUCCGCAAAUCCGUCAAGGUCCCGACGUUCCUUACAAGAAUGAGGCAGGCUCAAAUCCUGUGCUUCGGGGUGUCGCACUAGCUGCUGUCUCCAAGAUCAUUUCGUCGUCCACCUUGAUUCAAAGCGUCUUCUGGCGGCUCAAUGGCUUCGACAAGCUCAAGGACACAAAGCAUCUAGAUGAAUAUGAGAUUCGGCUCGACCCGACGGUCGUACCUCGAUCUCUUACAGCUGGGGACCCAACCCCUAGCCUGACAGAACUACCACCGCCUCGGCCUCGAGCUUCCAACACGAACUACUACACAUGUGCCGAUUACCACGAAUUGUACAAGUCUGGCAAAGUCACUCCCUCCGACGUCAUUGAGUCCCUGUUACCCUUGAUACGGCGAGACACCCAACCUGCCGGUCCAUACUCUGUUGCAUUUAUCGAUUCCAAGGUCGACCUGGUACGAGCCGCCGCGAAAGCCUCCACCGAAAGAUAUCGGGCUGGCAAUCCGCUGAGUGUUCUAGAUGGCGUGCCUUUGGCCGUCAAGGACGAGGUGGAUUUGAAAGGAUACAAAAAGACCCUUGGCAGCAAGCUUGAUUUCACCGACAAAGAAGACCGGACCGCAUGGUGCGUGCAGAAAUGGCAGGAGGCAGGCGCCGUGAUAAUAGGAAAGACCAACAUGCAUGAGGUUGGCUUGGACACCAGCAACAACAACCAGACUUGGGGAACUCCGUUGAAUCCACACAAUAACGGCUACUAUACUGGGGGCAGCUCGGGUGGCUCUGGUUUUGUGGUUGCCGCCGGCAUUUGCCCAGUCGCAUUGGGAGUCGAUGGCGGUGGUUCUAUUCGGCUUCCUUCUGCGUUUUGUGGCAUCUAUGGGCUCAAGACCACCCAUGGUCGCAUAUCAGCUAGAGUGGGCAAAGACUGGGUGGAUAGCGUCGUGGUUCAGGGCCCCAUGGCUUGCAGCAUAGAUGACCUCGCCCUGGGUUACCGAGUCAUGGCUCAACCUGAUCCCGGCGCAAUGAGAAGCUCCGGUUUCCCCAACAGCCUGGUCAAGGAACCACCCAGUCCGGCGAAUGGUAAGAAAUAUCUAGGCAUUGAUCGGAGUUGGGUCAACCGCUCGGACAAAGUUGUUCUGGAUAUGUUCAACGCUGCCGUCGAUGCAUACGUCAAAUCUCACGGGUACGAAGUGGUUGACAUCAAGAUCCCUUAUAUCCCUCAGGGGCAGAAGGCGCAUGCAUUGACCAUUCUGUCUGAGAGCCGCAGCCAGAUCACCCCACAGAAGAUCACCAAGCUGUCGUGGCACAACCAGUUGCUCCUCAAUGUCGCCGGGUCCCACGCGACGGCCCAGGACCUGAUAUAUUCUCAGAAACUGCGCAAUCUUCUGAUGUGUCACCUGGCGUGGCUGUUUCACGAAUAUCCGGGCAUGAUGAUACUGACGCCCACGACGCCCUGCGCUGGGUGGAAGAUUGGCAAGCCGAGCGACGUCACCAGCGGCUACGGCGUGAGCGAUGGCGACAUGAGCCUGAGGACUAUGGAAUACGUCUAUCUGGCGAACUUCACGGGCAAUCCCGCCAUCACCUGUCCGAUGGGAUAUACGGAAGAGAACGUCCCAGUUGGUCUUAUGGCCAUGGGCGACUGGGGGAGCGAGGAACACCUGAUCGCAUUUGGCAAAGAAGGCGAGUCCUUCCUUGCCGGCGGAGGUGGGAUUCAACGCCCGAAAGAUGAGAAAAUGUGGAUCGAUGUCCUCGCCGGCAAAAAGUCCGAGGAAUAGGCGCACUUUACCCUGUCUCAUCAAUCAGAGCCAGAUUCUGAAAUUGCGUCUGCUCGAAUCAAGAACACCAAGAUAUAAGAGACGGUCCCCUCGCAGGAACAGAGACUACGAUGCUUCCCUCCUUUGCUGGGAAGAAAGAGAUAAUAGGCCCGGGACAGCGUUGACUUGAACCGAUUUGUGUUACCGGGGCUUGAAUCCCUGAAAAGAUUUCUUGAUCUCAUCAUCCAUUUCAUUUCAUGCAUGAACAAGCGUUACUAUACAAGUGAGCUUGGAAAAUCCAACUGUUUUCCGAGGGUUUUGGCAGUCACUGCCGGCAAGACAUCUAAGCUUCAAA